AUGCCAGCACGGUGGUUGGUACCACCAAAGAGAGCGAGGCUCCUGCAUAAGGAGGGUCCCAUGGAAGCCGAGGCACGGGCGUUGCUGGCGUCUUGUCGUGGGCGUGAGUCUUUGCGGCGACUGGAAAGCGAGCUCGCUGCGCCCGAUGCUGUUCAGGGGCUCGACUUGCUUUUCUUCGCCUGCGGUGUGGCAUCAGACAGGGCCUGCAUCCAGAAUUUCGUUAGAGAGGUCUCUGCUGUGGCAGGUGGACUGCAACAGAAAUUCAUCAAUGAGGGUGAGGUGCCGGCACUGUCAAGAUGCCUGCAAAAAGCACUCCGGUUGGAGGCCCCCGAGAGCCUGGCGGAAGAGGUGGCCUCCAUGCUGCGGCCUUCCGGCGAGGGAAGGCUGCCGAUGUCUCGGGCUAUUCAGAUUGCCCAGCAACCGAUCACCGGAGACAACCACCGCCUAGAGUUGGGCCUCGUGGCAUUGGACAAGGCUCAGCGCAAAGGCUUGUCGCUGGGACCGAAACCGCUUGCGUUUUUGCUUGCUGGUUGCAUCCUGGCUGGAAGGGAGUUUCGUCACGCAGCCAAAGAGAUCUGCAAGGCUCUGCUUGCAGCGGCGCAGCGCUGCGAGGUUGGCCUCGGGGAGAUGCUGCAGCCUGGGCUCCUGGAGUUCUGCUGCGCAGAACUCGGAGUCUCCAGGCAAGAGAUGAUGAUGACGCCGGAAGCGGAGUCUGUGCAACUGGCGGCCAGGGCAGCAUGCCAGGCGGGCUCCAGCCGGACGGGGCGCCACGGCGCGGUUCUGAAGGGAGAUGAGGUCCUCAGCGUCGGCUGCAAUCGAGACAUCCGCCUUGUCUCGGGCAGGUGCUUCUCCGUCCAUGCGGAGUUGGAAGCAUUGUUGCGCUUGCCGACGCCAGCCAUGGCAACAGGCACGCGCUGCGUGGUCGUCGAGCUGGACGACUUUGGGAUCGGCUUCUGCGAUGCACACCCGUGCAAGGGAGGCUGCCGUCAAGCACUCCAGCGCUUCUCCGUUGCGGAGGUGCUACACACAACCGGUGUGUACGACCGACCACGAAUCCUGCGGCCUGUGGCAGCGAACCCACGGGUCAUCUCCAACUCAUUGAACUUCUUGCUUCGCAGCGGCGGUCCGCAGAAUGCACUGCCAGCGACGCUGACGGAGGCGCGCUACUGCGCUGAGAAGCCUCCGGAGGCCGAAGUGCGAGGGCUUCGAUGGCUUUUUGGAAUCAAAGGCAUCUCGGAACUCUGGGCUCUUCUGCACUACUUGCUGCCGGAUCUUUUCACCAACAUGCUGGAUUUCAAGGCCUGGUUCGCAAGUCCAUUCAAGGGCUCAGGCAUGAACGAGUUCGACGUGCAGCUGAACCCAGAGCAGGAGCAAGAGGUGCCGUUCGGAGGUUUGGUCAUGAUGCCUGGAUUUGGAGCUCUGGCUCUGGCUUUGGCCAGGUUCUCGGUCGACACCUGCCUCCGCGCAAGGUACAGGGAUCUGGAGAAGAAGACUCUCAAACUCCUGGGGGAGAGUGUGGACGUCACGACCGAACAGGUCAACAAUGUCCUGAUGCAGCUUCGUAAGAUCGUCUUGCAUCCGUAUCUUUUUCAGGAGAGCUACGGAAGAGAUGCCGACUUGUUUCGGACCUCUGGCAAGGUCGAAGCCUUGGAUCGCAUGCUGCCAAAGCUGCUGCGCUUCGACCACAAGGUGCUCAUCUUCUCACAAUUCACCAGUGCUUUGGACAUUCUCCAGGAUUACCUGGAGUGGAAGAAAAUUGACUUUGUUCGCAUUGACGGGCAGGUUCCUCACGCGGAGCGUCUCGCUCGGCUCAAGCGCUUCGAGCACGAGGCGGUGCCCGUCUUCUUGCUGUCCUCCCGUGCUGGAGGCCUUGGGCUGAACCUGCAGGCGGCUGACACGGUUGUGCUUUUUGACCUCGACUGGAAUCCCCAAAAUGACAAGCAGGCCGUUGCUCGGGUGCACCGCGUGGGCCAAACUCGCGAAGUCCGAAUUGCUUGUGGCUCAGUUGUCCCAGCCUAA